GUCGUUUUAACAUCUCCAUUAGCCGUCAGGCAAAUUAAUCAAUGUCCUGCAGGAGUAGACUUAACUUGUUCAAUUCAUGCCUAUCCCCAAACAGCUAUCAAUUCUAAAUGCAGUACAAUAUCUGCUACUUGUCAGCCUCCAUCGACCUCUAAUACGGUUACUUGCGUAACUGUAACUACUAUUGACGCUGAUUGCAUUCAAAACCUGCCAAAAUAUAUUUUUGCUUGUGAAGGCCCUAGUCCUGCUAAUCUACAAUGUGGAUAUACCUGCGAUAGCUGUAAUUAUGAUGGCGCUACAAGAUUGAUUGACUGUGUUGGUUGUAAUAAUCCCGCACCCGCAUAA